UUUCUGAUCACAGAUCGCACACAAUAGAACGGACUAAACGAAAAUAAUAAUACUGCGCAACUCAAACAUAAAUCCUAACUAUCGGUCGUCUCUCUGCUUUAUUAUUAUUUCGGAAAUCAUCCCGUCCGGUAAUCUGUUGGCAAUUUCCAACAUAUUAUUAUUUUCGUUUAUACACGAAAUAACCGCGUAGAAAUCCGGUCAUGUCAAGUCGAAGUUUACGGUCGAAACAGUCGGGCAAGUCUGGUGAAGUGGUGAAAAGUGCAAAUGAUGGUGUGCAAACGGUGGUCACGGAAGAUCCGGAGGAGUCCCAUCCCGGCCAUACAUGUCAGGUGUGCCGAGGAGAAGACACGGAUGAUAUGGUGAGGUGCGACGAUUGCCUGAAAUGGCAUCAUUUCCAAUGUGUCGGAGUCACGCAGCAAGUCGAGAAUUAUUCCUGGAGCUGUACCAAAUGCGAAACCGCGAAAGGUGUCCAGGCAACAAGUUCAACUUCUGGUGCAGUCUGUCCUCAAGAAAGUGGUGGUCAUAAAAAGCGGUCGACGGCUCCAUCCGUCACAACUGUGCAGUGGCAAGUUGGCGAGAAGAAGAAUUCAUCGCGAAACGCAUCGAAAACGUCUGUUGCAUCGAGUCGCUCCUCACAAGCCCUUGCGAAACUGAAACUUCAGAAGCUGGACGAAUUGAGGGCUAUUGAGCUGCGGGAAGCGGAACUGAAACGAGCAAUCGCAGCGGAAGAAGCAAGGAAAGAAAAGGCCUAUUUAGAACAAAAAUAUCAACUGCUGGAGGAAGCCUUAAGUGAGGAUGAUUCGAGUAGCAUUGUGUCAUUAAGUCGCAUGAAGAACUGGGUGGAAGAGCAACAUCAAGAAGAGGCUUCAGAUCCAGAGCAAGAUCCGGAAGAGGAGAAUCAGCUUGACCCCGAUGGCCAACCAGCCGUCGUUCAGGGCCAUCCGGCAACAUUUUCAAUACCGGACCCGAUUCCAAAUCCUCGACAACAGUACCCGAUUCCAGAACAUCCAAUGCCGGUUCCGAAUCUUACUCCUCUACGUCCGGUUCUAUCGCAUAAAUCGCCGAGGCCUGUUCCAGCUGUAAAUUAUCCGCAGCCGUUUCCGAUUCCAGAACCGUUAGGAGUAUUUCCGGAUCCAGGACAUCCUCGUUCGGUAUCGACACCGAAUCGUAUGCACCCGGUCCCGACUCCUGGUGCUCCAAAGGUAGUUCCGAAUCGUGGAUCUCCACGCUUGCUCCAGAUUCCACAACAAUUAUAUCCGAAUCCUGAUCUGCGGCGUUCGGAAUCACCACGACCUGUUCCAGAUCCUGUUCAAAGAAAUCCACGACCGGUACCUGUUCCACGACACCCGGAACCAGAACCGAUUCUUUCGCAUCCAGGCUUCGAUCCCAGCCCGGAUCCUCCGAUGCCUAUGCCGUUUCCAGUUCAGGGUACUCCGCAAAAUCAUCCGAAUUUUCCGCCUAGACGAUCCAGUCGACCUCACGGUCGCGAAGAGGACGAUUUCGAUCCAUGUCCGCUUACUCGAAAGCAAUUAGCUGCACGACAAGCUAUUUCAAAGGAUCUACCGAUGUUUUCUGGAAAUCCUGAGGAAUGGCCCCUCUUCCUCUCAACCUUCAAUAGCACUACAACAAUGUGUGGGUUCACCGACGAGGAAAAUAUAGUUCGUUUGCAGCGAAGUUUAAAGGGUCGAGCAUACGAGGCGGUAAAAUGUCGGCUGAUGCAUCCUUCCAACGUCAAUGGAGUUAUGUCGACACUGAAGAUGCUGUUCGGGCAACCUGAGGUGAUUGUCAACUCGAUGAUGGCGAAGAUCAACUCCCUACCAGCGCUGAAAGAGGAUAAACUGGAAACACUCGUAGACUUUGCCGUCAACGUCGAAAAUUUCUGUGCGACAGUGGACGCGUGUGGACUGGAGGAGUACCUCUACAACGUGACCUUUCUCCAUCAACUCGUCAACAAGCUGCCUUCUUCCAUCAAGCUGAAUUGGGCACAAUACAGGCAAUCGCUUCCGAUGGUCAACCUUCCGUCGUUCAGUAGCUGGCUGUAUUCUCUAGCAGAGGCUGCCAGCGCGGUGAUCAUUCCCAACAACGGUUUCGAUCCUAAACCUGUUCGAAACGAUAUUCGUGGAAAUAAAAAAGGGAACUUUGUCAAUGCACACACUGAGGAAUCGCCAUCGGAUCAUCGCACCGCGGCAUCAUCCAACGCGAAAGUGGUCCAUGAUAGCUGCCCCGUAUGCAAGGGAACCUGCAAGUGGAUCGCCAAAUGCAAGAGCUUCAUAGAGUUCUCCCGUGAUUCACGCUGGGCUACGGUACGAGACCUCGGCCUAUGUCGGAGAUGCCUACGCCGGCACAAUGGAGGAUGUCAAGCCAAGCUAUGUGGAAAGAAUGGGUGCGAGUUGAAGCACCACGAGUUGCUGCACAACGAUCAGAAGAACACGUCGUCAUCCACGAAUACGUCAUCCAAUACCACGAACAAAUCUACAUCAACUCAGCGCAACGACCCUGCUCAACCAGGAAAUAGUACGUCCGGGCACGGCUGCCAUACUCAUCAGGUUACGUCCAGUCAGGUUCUUUUCCGCUACUUACCGGUCGUACUUCAAGGAAAACACGGUUCGAUCCAGACAUUCGCCUUCCUGGAUGAUGGGUCGGCGCUCACACUUCUCGACAAAGAGCUAGCCGAUGAGCUGCAGCUUGAAGGGGAGCCAAAGCUUCUGUGUUUGCACUGGACAGGAGGAGCGCAACGACGAGAAAACAGUUCGAGAGCAGUCAGUCUGGAAGUGGCGGCAGCACAUCAUCCUUCCAAGAAGUACACCUUGAACGGCGUGCGCACAGUAAAUGAACUUCUGCUUCCAUCGCAAACGCUCAACGUAGAGGAACUUCGUAAACUGUAUCCUCAUCUAAAGGAUUUGCCGAUUGCUUCGUAUCAAGAUGUUCGGCCGAGAAUCCUGAUCGGUAUGAAGGAUCAACACCUCAGUCUAGUCCUGAAGAGCCGAGAGGGUAUACGAAACCAACCGAUCGCCGUGAAAACCAGACUAGGCUGGACAGUUUGCGGAGGAGGAAACCAAGACGAUGCCAGUAAUCUGGUGCACUCAGUUUUCCAUGUGUGCCCAUGCGAAUCACAAACGGAUGAGGAUCUACACAAGGCGAUGAAAGAAUAUUUUGCAAUUGAUAGCUUGGGAGUUGCGCAGCCGAGAAGAGCGCUUUUGUCUGCAGAAGAUGAACGAGCUAAGUCCCUGCUGGAAUCUCGCACCGUGUUCAAAGGAGACCGUUACGAAACCGGCCUGUUAUGGCGCUACGACAAUAUUCGUCUACCAGAUAGUCGCCCGAUGGCUCUACGCCGGCUACAGUGCCUCAAGAAGCGAAUGGACAAGGACCCAAAGCUCGCUGAAACGUUGCAUCAGAAAAUCGCCGACUUCGUCACGAAAGGAUACGCCAGAAGACUCACCGACGAGGAACUAAAACAACCAUUGCAACGGGUUUGGUAUCUGCCUACAUUUCCGGUGACCAACAUCAACAAGCCGGGAAAGAUCCGAAUAGUUUGGGACGCUGCGGCCUCCGCGUGUGGAGUAUCGUUGAAUUCAGCUCUACUGAAAGGUCCGGAUCAGCUCUGCGAACUGUACACUAUCCUGAUUCAGUUUCGAGAAGGCCGAAUCGCACUUACUGGAGAUGUGCGCGAGAUGUUCCUGCAAGUCCUCAUGCGUUUGGAAGAUCAGCAUUGCCAACGAUUCUUCUGGUUCGAUGACGACGGUAACAUUGUUGUCUACGUCUUACAGGUGAUGACGUUUGGAGCCUGUUGUUCUCCUAGCAGUGCCCAGUAUGUCAAAAACCUGAACGCCGAGCGCUUCAAGGCAGAAAAUCCAGCGGCAGUUGAAGUGAUUCAGAAACGCCACUACGUUGACGAUAUGCUGGUUAGUGUUGAAACCGAAGAUGAAGCUAUCCAACUUGCUCAACAAGUGAAGAAGGUGCAUUCGAAAGGCGGAUUCGAGAUCCGUAACUGGAUUAGCAACUCUAAGCGUGCCGUGGAGGCUCUACAAGAGGAACACACGGAAGAGAAGAACCUCGACCUGUCGCCAGAAUUAGCAACUGAGAAAGUGCUCGGAAUGUGGUGGUGCACUGACUCGGAUACUUUUACGUACAAAGUAGGAUGGACUCGCUACGGACAAGCGCUUUUGGAAGGUAAACGACAUCCAACGAAGAGAGAGAUGUUACGCGUUCUCAUGUCCAUGUUCGAUCCACUCGGACUGAUCGCGCACUUCCUCAUGUACUUGAAGGUUCUGCUUCAGGACGUAUGGCGUUCCGGAAUCGACUGGGACGACGAAAUCGAUGAUGCUCUCUUCGACAAGUGGCAAACAUGGCUGCAAGUACUGCCACAAGUUGAACAAAUCAGCAUUCCUCGAUGCUACCGCACACGAACCACUCCAGAUUGUGAAGAUAUCCAGCUCCACACGUUUGUAGACGCUGGUGACAACGGGAUGGCUGCGGUCUGUUAUCUACGCUUCGCUCAAGACGACGUAGUGGAAUGCCGAUUGGUGGCUGCUAAAACCAGAGUCGCUCCGUUGAAAUUUCUAUCCACUCCUAGAUUAGAACUUCAAGCAGCAUUGGUCGGCGCCAGACUAGCUCGCUCCGUAUCGAAUGCCCUCUCAGUCCGAAUCUCCUGUUGCUACUACUGGUCGGACUCGCAAGAUGUACUGUGCUGGAUUAAUUCCGACCAUCGACGUUAUUCGCAAUUCGUCGCAUUCCGGGUUAGCGAGAUCCUGGACACCACGGAAAUGAAAGAGUGGAGAUACGUUCCAACAGAUCUGAACGUAGCUGAUGAUGGAACAAAAUGGAAAGGACUUCCUGAUUUGGCCCCGAAGGCGAGAUGGUUCAACGGCCCCGAGUUCCUACAGUACCUGGAAACAGAUUGGCCGCGUUCACCAACUAGAACGAAUUCCGUCAAUUUAGAACUUCGCCCUAGUGUAUUGACGCACUUCAUUGCCCCAGAGCCGAUAGUUAGCACGAGCAAAUUCUCCAGCUGGAAGCGAUUGGUUAAAGUGGUCGCUCUUGUUCAACGGUUUCCCGUCAACUGUAGGCUGAAGAAACUGCAGAAGCCAAUCGUGAGCGGACCAUUCUCCGACCGCGACAUAUCCUCCGCCGAGUCGUACCUAAUUCGUCAAGCCCAACAAGAAGCCUACCCGGACGAGAUAGCAGUUCUUCGGAAGCAGCAGCAGCAGCAGUGCUCGGACCAACCUUCGACUUCGAUUCCCAAGUCAAGUGUGCUGCACCAGAAAACACCCUGGAUGGAUCAGAAUGGGAUCCUGAGGAUGCGAGGACGUAUCGCCGCUUGUCAUUACGCGACCGAAGAUUCUAAGCAUCCUGUAAUACUUCCCCGUGACCACCCCACCACCAAGUUAAUCGUUGCACAAUACCACCAAAAAUACCACCAUCAGAAUCACGAGACCGUGAUCAAUGAGAUUCGCCAAAAGUACAGCAUACCUAAACUUCGCAUGACCUACACGAAAGUGCGAAGAGACUGCCAACGCUGUAAAAACGACCGAGUAAUUCCACGCCCGCCGAUCAUGGCUGACUUGCCGGCGGCACGACUUGCCGCUUUCGAACGCCCUUUCACCCAUACUGGCGUUGACUUCUUCGGGCCGUACGAGGUCAUCAUUGGCCGCCGAGUUGAGAAACGCUGGGGGAUGCUCGCUACCUGUCUCACGAUACGUGCGAUUCACAUCGAAGUCGUUCAUUCCCUCAACGCUGACUCGUGCGUCAUGGCAAUUCGGAACUUCGUGGCCCGACGAGGAAAACCACGAGUGAUCUAUAGCGACCGGGGCACCAAUUUCAUCGGAGCGAACCGGGAGAUGACGGAAGCGGAAAAGCUAGUGAGCCAAGAGGAGCUAAUGAAGGAGUUCAUCGAUGUCAACACGAGCUGGGAAUUCUUGCCUCCCUCUUCCCCGCACAUGGGUGGUAGCUGGGAACGCUUGAUCGGUUCCGUCAAAAAGAACCUGAUGGCGAUCCUACCAGCACGGAAGCUUUCGGACGAGGUCCUGCGGAACCUGCUCACCGAAAUAGAAGGCACGGUCAAUUCCCGACCGCUAACACACGUUCCAGUUGACGACGAUUCAGCUCCAGCCUUGACACCCAACCACUUCCUACUCGGGGCAUCCAAUGGAAUUAAGCCUCUCUGCACCCUCGAUGACAGCGGUGCCGUGCUGCGCCAAAAUUGGCGACUAUCUCAAGUCCAAACCAACCUGUUUUGGAAGCGCUGGGUAAGCGACUACUUGCCCGAGAUAACUCGCCGUACCAAGUGGUUCGUCCAUACGAAGCCGAUCGAGGUCGACGAUAUAGUGGUCAUAGCUGACCCGAAGAUGCCACGGAACUGCUGGCCGAAGGGCAGGAUCAUAUGUACCCAACCUGGACGAGACGGCCAACCCAGAUCAGCAACAGUUAGGACAUUGACCGGGAUCUACGAGCGUCCGGUAGCCAAGAUAGCCGUGCUAGACGUGCGGCGCGGAACGGAGUAA